UUUUGUUUGCUUUCCUUCUCCUUCCUUGCCUCAAUCCUAACAUAGGCUAAAGUGGGAUUGAUUGGUUUGCCGCUGGAGAAACAUGUGAGCUAGGUCAAGGGAAUCCGAAAAUGGGUAUCCAACUUCAAAGUUUUGUCCGAUGAAUUGUUUGGAGUUUUCUUGAGUUUUGGGUCCCACUCACCUGCCUUUUUCGUUGGUUAUUGCUCUGGAUUACUAGCCAGAUUCUCUGAACAGAAAGUCAAUCAUUCGAAGAAGGUUAUUUUGAUUCGAUGAAAUAUGUGAAAUGAAAUUCUAGGCUGAUGGACCUUUGAAACUUAAGCGUGUCUUCUAAUGAUCACAGGAGUUCCAGUUGAAAAUUGGAAACCAACACAAUAGAGUUCACAAUUCAUCUAGCAAUUCCUGCAUGCAUUUAUUCUGCCUCAAAUGGAGGAAUCGAGGAUAUCUUUCUUCGUUAUAUUGACCAUCCUGAUGAUUUCAAAGGGUUUGUUUUAGUCAUAUUUGCUAUUUUUGUUUUAUAAAAUAUUUCACAAAUAGCCAAGCUGAGGGUUUACUAAUAUUUUUGUACCUGUCCUUGUCUGUGUUUCCACCCCCGUUUAUCCUCAAAAUGUUCUCUGUAUAUAGACCUGUUGACAAUGAAGAGUUCUUGUACCAAAGCCUGAAGCACUUGAAGUAUGAAGCAGAAAUGCUGGAUAAAAUAGGAAGCUUGGAGGCUCUUGAGAGAAAACUGCGUGAACUCAAUCAGCAAAAAUACGAAGCUCAGGACAAGAUGAGGUCUUACAAUCCAGAUCUGACAAAGAUCCUCUCAAUUCCUGAAGCUGAGUUCCACCAGCAAUUUAUUAUCGACGCAAUUCGACGAAUUGAAAAGUUGAAAAAGUCAAAGUUGCUUGAGAAAGAGACUUCACCUUCAAAGCCCAAGGAUGCUGAGGUAAGGAAAAGAAAAUGGGGGGAGAAACAGGAAGGAAUGCCUGCUGUUGAGGUGAAGGAAUCUGAUUUGACGACUGAAGAAUCUGUAAACUCUAAAUGAAAGAGGAAUCAAUCAACGGAUGAUCACAAAGAGGAAGCUCUUGCGGGACCACGUCUAAGCAUUAGCUAUCUCGAAACACAAAGGAAUUGUUCGAACCUUAAAAAUGAAGAGGACAUUCCAUCAAACGAAGGUCACGUGUCCUAGAGGUGUAAGUUUUCAAGGAAAACCACAGCUUUGUUGUGGAUACAGACUUCAAUGGAUGUAAAAGCUUAUUUGGAUUUCAUAAAAGCAAAACUUUGGUCUAGCCAAGCAGUUCACAUUGUCAACAGUGUUGAGGCUUAAGGUUUAAAUCCCUUUCAAUUUCCUUAGAAUUCUUCAAAUACACCCCCCAAAAAAGGAACAGGUUGGGGUUGGCCAGUAUUUCUACCAAUCGCGUACUCCUUGUCUGAAGUCUUGAAACUUUGAAAAUGGUAAGUUGAUAUACGCAAUAUGUUACAUACCAUGCAAUGGACAGUCUGUUAGGCCAGUUCCAAGAUGGCUGGGUGGGCUCGUGUAUGAAGGAGUUUCCAAGCCCUACCCAAAUGUUGGUCGUGCUUGCUGGCCUAACCGCCAGAGUAUGCCCCUCGACUGGUUGACGCUUUUAGAUAAAGUCAAACUUAUAUUAUAAA